AUGGCGGAUUCCGCGCCCAAACCCCGGCCCAAGAAGGAGAGCGAAGUGGACUCCGACGGGGAGGAGAUCCACCUCUGCAACCAAUGUGGGCUGCCAGUGGGCGAGACGGCCUACCGCCCGGAGGAGAAGGACCAUCGACUGGUGCACGCAGAGUGCAUGGCACAGAUCGUGCUACAGGAAGCGCAGGACAAGGAUGACAAGAGCGCUGAGGAGCAGAGGCAGAAGAAGUUGGAGAACCGUCUGGAGUAUCAGAUCGGCUGGCGUCCGGAGACGGUGCCCAAGAACAGCACCAUCGCAGAGAAGCUGGGAUGCUCACCCUUGCCACAGGGCCUCUGCAGCUUGGUUCUGGACGAGGCUUCGCGCACAGUGCGCAUCGCCUCGACUUUGGAGCCGUCGGCGGCGGUGAACCUGGAGUACCUCAUGCUUUGCCUCAAGGUGCGCCGCACCGCCUGCCGCGAGCCCCUCUUCUCGCUGGAUCCGGUGGACCCCAAGAACUUGGAGAAGACACCGCAGAUGAAGCGCUAUGAGCCAGCUUGGUUGGCUGGUACCAGCGUGGGGGAUGUCAUGUUCCAGGCGGACUACUUCCUCAAGGAGCUGGCCCUGGGAGAGUACACCAUGCCAGUGGUCGGCAUGAUGAUCGUCUUCGACUGGUCGGAGGUCACAGACUCCAACGCCACCUGGGCCGGGCGCGAGUGGUUCGUGGUGAAAAAGGCGGAGGUACGCAUGGCCGAGGACAAGACCUUGGUGCCCUUCGUGAAGAUGGGCGUGGAGGCGCGAGAGCAGACGGUGACCAGCAAGGGCCUCGAGGACAAGGCCAUCACCAGCAAGAACCACCCCCUCACCAGGUUUGCCGACACUUUCACCCGGCACUUUGACCUCAUCGCGGAACGCAAGAGCGUGAUCUUCCACCUGCGCGAGCUGGCCAAGGCUUCAGUGAUGGCCAAGUACCUCAUCGAUGCCAAGAUCGCGGUGGAUCCUCGAUGGUACGACCUGGCGGAGGACAUGGUGAGGUCCACUGUGCCAGAGGCGCAUCCGGAGAUCCCCCAGCUCUGGAACAUGCGUGGCAACUCCCGCAUCCAACUCCAAGGUGGCAAGCUGCGAGAUGUCCAGACGGGGCUGAACAGCAAUCUUCACGCCAUCUACGGGGGCGUGCAGUUCGGCCUGGACCGGUUCCAGCUGGCGCAGCGCCCCGCGCUGCCGGGCACCUCCAUGGUGCCCUCCGCUGGGCUGGGAGGACCUAUGCCAGGCGCUGCUCUGACCCAGCCAGGUCGUUUCGACAUCCAAGGAAUGCAGCUGGGCCCUACUGGCCGUCCAAUGUUCAUGCCGCAGCGCUUCCAGUUGACGCAGAAGGACCAGCCUCAAGGUGUCGAUCUGGACCUCGACAAGUUCGACCUCACCUCUCCGGAGAAGUUCGCAAGCAACCUCCCGGCAUGCAGUGCUUCUUUUGACAGCCUGGAGGGCCGCGUGACUUUGGGCAAGGCCUUCCUGACGACCUUGCAAGAGGGCUCUUUCGAGUCCCUGGCGCCGGAGAACUGCGCGCUUCUGAAGCAGGUCUUCAAUAUCCUGGCAGACAGGACGGCGGAGGGGGACUCCUUCAUCCCCCCGGAUCCCAACCUCGAGUACGUGCAGAAGCUUCGGAACUUGGUGCAGGAAGAGAACACUCUCGGCAAGCAGAGGAAGACACGGUUCAGUGACAAGAACUUCACCGUGGGAAUGGCCGGCAUGGAGUUCCCGAGAGCCUGGACCUCUCGUUUCCAGCUGCUCCGCGAAGGACGCGCCUAUGUGGCCAAGCCCAGCUUGGUGAGCCUGCAGGUGGACGACAUCUUCAAGCGCAGCUUGUUGGAGGACAUCUUGCCCACCGCAGCCCCGGAGUUCUACAAGACCACGGAGGAUGGCAUGGCCUUCCGGAUCUACCGGCUCGGACGCUUGGAGGUGCGCACAGUGCAAGCGCCUGGAGAGGACCAGGAGAUCCUGGCAGUUUUCUCCCUGCGCCCCGUGGACCUUCCCAGCCACGGAGGCUCUAACAAGGUGAGGCCCGUCUUGCCGGAUGAGAAGUUUGUCAAAGGCCGGCUCUAUGUGGAGGCCUUGGAUGGCGAUCACAAGGAGGCGGCAAAGCAGCUGCACCUCUGCCACUUCUACGUGGUCCUGGACACCGAGAAGGGCAACUGCGUGGUCACUGAGAAGCUGGCGGACGGGACCACCACCUGGGUGGUGAACCCGUCGUGCCUGGAGGAUCGCAACUCUUUGGCCAAGGUCAUGGUCUGCCUGGACAUCCGCAUGGAGAAGGCCACGGUGCGAAACCUGCAGAUCACCCAGGAGAGUCACUCCAUCAAGAGCUCCGGCGCUUCACCCUCCGAACGGAAGCGCUACGCCCGCGCCAUCUUCUCCUUGGUCUCUCCGCGGAGCCUUGAGAUCACCGGCGGCAGGCGCUACGUGGGCCGCGCCUAUCCGUAUCCCUCCAGCUCGAAACGCUCCGGUGAGUUCAGGAUUCGGGGUGCCAGCGAAUCCCCGGGUGGACGCUGA